UCACCAUCUUCAGAAGCAGCCAUGUCUGCCAGCACUACUCCGGCGCUGAAGACUCCGCCGGUCACGGAGAAGGUGAAGCAUGAGAUGGAGAUGUUCGGAGACGUUAGGAUCGACAAUUACUACUGGCUUCGCGACGACUCUCGCUCGAAUCCCAAGAUCCUCUCUCUUCUCCAUAAAGAGAACGCGUACACCGAUUUCGUCAGGUCCGGGACCAAACACUUAGAAGAAGAGAUUUAUGCUGAGAUAAGAGGGCGAAUCAAGGAGGAUGACAUAUCUGCACCUAUACGAAGGGGGUCUUACUACUACUAUUCAAGGACCUUGGAGGGUAAGGAAUAUGUUCAGCAUUGUCGACGCCCCGUGGCCGAUGAUGGGGCUCCUCCCUCUGUCCAUGAUAAUAUGCAGAUUGGCCCUGAUGCUCCCCCGGAGCAUGUAAUUUUGGACGAGAAUGUUAAGGCUCAAAAGCAUGCUUAUUACAACAUUAGUGCUUUUAAAGUUAAUCCUAACAAUAAGUUAGUAGCAUAUUCAGAAGACAUUAAAGGAGAUGAGAUCUACACUAUAUAUGUCAUUGAUGUUGAAACUCAAACACCAGUUGGGAAACCUUUAGUUGGUGUAACAUCACAUCUUGAAUGGGCGGGUGAAGAGGCAUUGACUUACAUCACAAUGGAUGAAAUACUUCGUCCAGACAAGGUGUGGUUACAUGUACUGGGAACAGACCAAUCAGACGAUUCCUGCCUUUACCAUGAAAAGGAUAACAUGUUCUCUCUGGAUCUUGAGGCUUCUGAGAGCAAAAAAUUUUUGUUUGUUGCUUCGGAAAGUAAAAUUACAAGGUUCGUCUUCUAUCUGGACACCUCAAAGCCAGAAAAUGGGCUUAUGCUUUUGACACCUCGUUUGGAUGGCAUUGACACAUCAGUCAGCCAUCGUGGAAGCCAUUUUUUCAUUAGGAGAAGAAGUGAAGAAAUUUUCAAUUCUGAACUACUAGUCUGUCCACUCGACAAUAUAUCUGCCACCACAGUUCUUCUUCCUCACCGUGUAAGUGUGAAGAUCCGGGAUAUACAACUUUUUAGUGAUCAUCUUGUUGUAUAUGAGCGGGAAAAUGGUCUUCUCAGGGUAAUUAUAUAUUGCCUGCCAGCAGUUGGAGAACCCCUUGAAAGGCUUCAAGAUGGUCGGGCUGUUGAUUUUGUUGAUCCAAUAUAUUCAGUGGAUCCAUCAGAAUCACAAUUUUCUUCCAGCAUUUUACGGUUUUCUUAUAGCUCAAUGAAGACGCCCACCUCUGUAUAUGAUUAUGAUAUGAACACGGGGAUAUCGAUUCUGAAGAAGAUUGAAUUGGUAAGCGAGGUUUCUAUCAUGAGUUCCAUUUCACACUGCAUGUGAUUAUACAUGUUGAUGAUUUAACUCAUACAGUGUUUCGCUUCGUAAUGAGCUUCCUUUUCUACUCUUUGUUGGUGGAUUCUUUUCUUACUUAUUUGUUUAUUCAUUCAUUAAUAUGCCUAUUGCUAGUAUUUUUAAAGUUGUUAUUGUUAAUGCAUACAUUUGUUGUCUUAUCUUCAUUUCCAGAAAGAAUAUCUUUCUUAUAACAAAAUAUUCUGUUAAGUUCUUGCCUUGGAAGGAAUGAAAUAAGUGCAUGAUGUGACUGUGAUUUUGACUCUUCGUUUUUUUCAAUUAUAAAUCUAAUUAUUUACUCCAAUAAUUUUAAGUGAUGGGCAAAUGGAUGGUGGGUGGUCCUUUUACUAAGGGUCUGAUUGGCUCAUGAAAAUGGAGUUGAAUUGAAGAUUGGAGAGAAAAUUCAACUCCAGUUCUGUCGAGUUGAGAUAGAAUCAUUAUUCUGUUUGGGACCUUGUAUAAUAGUGUUAAGAAUAAUAGGGUAGUAUGUAUAAAUUGUUAAUAGUUAGAGGGUGUAUGUGUAA